AUGAAAAACAAAUCCAGGCCGCCGCUGAUAUGCAUCAGUCAUCGCCACAGCGCGCUUACUCGGAGGGCUAAAAAAGAACAAAUUCAUGGCACAAAGAAAAAAGAAAAGAACCUCCCCGUGCGAGUUGGCUCAAAAUUGUGCUUGUGGCUCAAAGAAGAAAUAGCCGGCGCUGACCGUUUCGCGGCGCUGCCAACUGCAAUGUUGGCGAGACAGCUCGCCGCCCGUGAGCGCGAGGAGCGCACCCAGGCGCUGCAGAAGCAUCUCGAGACGUCCAAGGCGUAUGCCGAGCGCAUCGGGAGCGAAGAGCGCGCGGGCAGCAAACGAAGAAGUGCUGCGCAGCGGCAAUCCGAGGCGGAGGAGGCGUCAACGUGCCGCAUUCUUUCAGCACAAGAGGCGGCUAGGCGCGAGGCGGAGCAGCGGAGGCACGACGGCGCACUGGCCGCGGCAGUCUCGGCGCACAAGGCCGAAUCGCUCCGCGAGCAGAAGAAUGUGGAGCGCAUAAUUGCCGGCUCUGAGGAGCUGCGCGAGCUGGAGGCGAGGCUUCGCGCGGCGUACGUGAACAAGGAGCGCCACGUGCAGCUCGCCGAGAGCGCGGCGAUGGCGGCCGAGACGGACGCGAGAGAGGCGCAGAUCGCCGGCGCCAUGGAGGCGGAGCGGCAGCGUGGGUUGCAGGCCGAGGCGUACCGCGAGUUUUUGCGGCUCGAGGAUGGCAAAUUGAUAAAGGUGGGCCUCGACGCGCAGAUCAAGGACAAGGAGCGACUCAAGGCCGAGGCCUACCAGGAGUUCCUCAAGGAGAAGGAGCAGGUCGACGAAGUAGUGCGCAAGAUUGCCGCAGAGGAGGCGGCGGAGGCGGCCGCGCGCGAGGCCAAGGAGGCGGAGACACGGCGGUACAUCGACGAGUUCAUCUCGCAGCGUGAGCGGUUCAAGGCGGAGCGGGUGGCCGAACUGGAGCGCGAGAACGAUGAGAUUCGUCGGUACGCGGCCGCCGUCAUGCAGCGGGAGAUUGAACAGCGCGCCGCGGCUCAGACGUCGCAGAACGCGCGUGACGCGGCGUUCGAAGCCAUCACCAAGGGCAUGGCUGCAGAGAGUGCCAAACGGCUGGAGGAGGAGCAGCUUCGCAACGAGCUGCUCGAGGCGGAGGCGGAGGAAGAGGCGGCGCGGCGCGAGGCGGACGCGAAGGAGCGUGCGCUGCGGCAGCGGCUGGACAUUGCGCUGGCCAAUGAAUACCAGCGGGAGCUCAAGCGGCUUGCGCGCGAAGAGGAGAAGAAGGCAGAGGACGCGCUGCGCACGUCGAUGCUCGAGCGCUUCGCCGCCGAGGACCGCAUCGACCAGAUGAAUGCGCAGAAGCGGCGGAUGAAGCAGCUCGAGCACCGGCGCGAGGUGGAGCGCCUCCUUGAGCAGCGGCGAGAGGCGUUCGAGGCUGCGCGCGCCGCAGAGGCCGAGGAGGAGAGGAUGAGAGUGGUCGAUGAGGAGCGGCGGCGGAUGCUCGCGGCGGCGUCGCGCGACCUCGGCAUCGAGCACCUCCCUCCGGGCGUGCUCCAGUCUGCCGACGACCUCGAGCUCUUCCGGGCGGCGGCGGCGUCGUCCACGUGA